AUGUCUGUCAGAGGACCUAGGUCGUCUCAUGGCGGCCCGCCUUCUCAUCACCGGCAGCAAAGCUCGUCGUCCAUAAGCUACAGCCACGGUUCAUCUCCAGCCGUUGAAUCGGCUGUGACGCGGCUUCUAAUGGCCAUCAAACAGCUACUCGAGGCAUUGCAAUUGUGGAGUGUUGGGAAAGUCACCGACCAGCAAGUCAGUGAUAAGUACGUCCAACUUGGGAACGACUUCAAUGCUACAGUAGCUGCGUUUGCUUCUGUUAGAAUUGACAUGAGUGAGUUUCUUCCAUUUCCUGACGACUUGCGGCAUGUGCUUGAAGCAGCGCUCGCUGCGGAUGAACCUGGUCCUGCCGUUCUCGAGGUGUAUCUUCCACGAGUCAGAGCCAUUAUCACCAGUCUUCUUCACGGUCUUCGUGACAAACAGACCAUUCUUAAGAAGCACUUUGCCGAUCGACAAGAGCGUAAAGCCCGAGCAGAAGCUAUGGGAUUAACCUCUUCCCGCUCUGACAGACCCUCACACUCUUCAACAUCUCGCAAAGACCGAUACGCAUCCUCUUCUCGGCCGUCAUCUCGUGGCCCUUCUGAAGUAGGCUCGGACUAUCCACGGAAUGAAUCUAUAUCUCGUUCAUCACGUCAUCCAGAGACAUCAGAACUUCCCCCGUUACCCAACCGUGAUUCGUCAUUAAGUCAUCCAGACGUGUCUUCGGGAGACCCCGUACCUGGCGCAUAUCCGGCGCCUUCACUCCAACAUACACAAAUUACCAACGAAGCCCAAGGGGUCCCAGUGAAUGACGAUAGCAAGCAUGAUGAGAACCCCGAAUCAUCUUUGCCCUUACAGCCCCAGACGACCGGCACCUCGCCCCCACCCCGUUCCUCUACACCUGUUCAGCGAGCUGAUCGGUCUGGAAAGCACCCGUUGGGCCGGAGUCAUGCUCGUGUUUCUCGGACGGCUGACGAGGAACGACCUCCAAGUAGACGCUCCUUGGAACAUACCCGCCCAGAACUUCCUCCGAAACGCACCCCACCACCAUCUGAGCCUCCCACACUCCCUCCCAUUGAAGCCAACCCAGAACCUCUCAUGUCAUCUGCCCCUAGUCCUGGUCCGAUCCCUUCCCAUAUCAAACGCUAUUCUCUCAGCGAUAACCCCGUUCCCCAAUUACCGGCCAUUUCCGUGGAGGGUUCAUCUCCUGCACUCGACGAUGUGGAAGUGGAAGAAAAGGGUCCUCCGACACAUCCCGCCUCAGAAACGUCUCUGGCGGAGGUGAUGUCCACACCAGCUGCCGAAGAACCACUGGCAGCUCUGAAGAAGAACGAACACUUAGCGCGACGUGCUUCCAAGCGAUUCUCCGAGUAUACCUUCUCCAAAUUUGUUGGAAGUGGUCAAAAUGACCGUUCAAAUCGGAAAUCGAUGCUGGCUGCGUCCUCUCUGUUGAGCCCGUCCGACUUGAAUGCUGUUGCAGAGGAUGAUACGACACCAGUUCCCUCCCCCUCCAAACCACGCAGGAACGAACUCACUCGGAAGAAGAGUCUUGAGGCGAUGCGGAGGACAUUCCAACCCGUGACGGAAGAAGAGGAGCCUCCGUUACCUCCCGUGCCUGCGAUGGCUCGAGAGCCUGUUCCCUCGAACAGUAUGCGAGCGGGGGUUCCCACAAUGCCAAGCACGAUUCCUCAGGUCCCACCGGAAGGUUCGGAAGCAACUUCUCCUACGUUGACGAAUGGCACCAUUGACGCAACUACUGAACCGAAACAUCCCACCCUCUCUACUCUCCAAACUUCUGAUGGUGUCCAGACUUUGACCGUCUUCCUCCAAGUGGGAAAACAGGUGAAGAAGACAACGGUUGAGACUUCAGGUCUUAGCUGUGCCUCCUUGCGCGUCCUGUUUGUCGACAAAUUUCAGUAUAAUCCCGGAACCAGCGACUUUCCCAGCAUUUAUAUCCGAGAUCCCAGCAGUGGUGUACAAUACGAAUUGGAGGAUGUUGAAGAGGUUCACGAUAGAUCUUUGUUGUCUCUUAACAUUGAACCUCUAGACCAAAUAAAGCAGCACAUUGAUGUUCAAAUGUCAGCACUCUCUCAAGAGCUUAGAGACCUCAAGACAACAGUCGCGGCCACAAGACGACAGUCUAUUCAGGUCUCGCCUGCAUUAUUGCAGACCAUUUCACCUGCAGCUACACCGGAGCGUCCUUCAGAAAAACGAUUUCGGGAUGCGGCGAAGCGCCUUACCCGAGUGAUGGCAAAAGAAGAUUUCAUGAAGUUUGCCGAAUUUGCUUCGGGCCCCCUACCCAACUCCCCCCAGUCACCACUGCCGUCCCCACUUGCCCCUCAGAUGACUGGCGGUUCCACUAUUUCAGAUGAGCGAGCAGCUCGCAUGGUUAGCGAUCUCAAGGUUCAAUUCGACGAGAUACAGAAUCUUCGCCGUGAUUUGGGGGUUAUGCGGCAGAUCUACACGGAAUUCAUGGGGUCUACCAAAGACGCUCUUGUGCAGUUGCGGGGACAGGCGCAGUCGCUUCGUGAAGUAGCGACCGCUAAAGUUGGCGGCUCACGCGCGUAUAUUGAUUCCGGCAAGAGCAAGCUUGACACCCGCAGUCAGGAUCUCCUUACCAAAGUGGAUGAACUCCAAGAUACCGUGGAAGCCCUUCGGGAUGAUGUCUUGAAACGCCAUGUUCAGCCAAAGCCGAAUGCUAUGCAGACGCUCAAGGCUAAUAUUGAAACUACUGCUGUGGAGCUUGAACGUCUACGCGAACAUAUCGCCUUGGUUAAACCAUCCUGGAAGCAGACAUGGGAGGAGGAGCUGCAGAAUAUUGUCGAAGAGCAGCAGUUCCUCAAUCACCAGGAGGAGUUUGUCAAAGACCUGAUCGAGGAUCACAAGGCUCUCAAGGAAGUGAACGAUCAACUUGCCCAGGUGUUAUCUUUGCGUACCACCAAGGGGUCUCGAAACGGGCCAAAGUUCAACCCGCUCCCAGUAGAGGAAGGACAUGAAGGCCUUAGCACUGUCAUGCUUGAGAUUCGUGGAGCCCAAGUAGAUCCAGAAAAGCGCAUGAAGGCAAUUGAGGCGAACCAGAAAGCACGCCAACGUGAACUCGCAGACCGAUCCGAUGAAUUUCAAGACGAAUUGUCAAGUUUCGUCAGUGGGAAGAAAUUGAAAAUGACUGGCGGGGCGGAGGAAGCGGAGCGUGUCAGGCAGAAACGAAAUGAAAUGACGCUGAAGGCUAUGUUCCAGCCGUCUGACCCCUGA